CACGCGUCCGACUUUUUUCCUUCCGCCCUCCAUUGCUGUUUCCCUGCAAUGGCAUUCGGCCUGGGGAGACUGCUCUUGCGGGGGCCUCGCUGCCUUUUGGCACCGGCCGCCCCCACCCUCGUCCAGCCUGUUCGGGGCGUGAAGAAGGGAUUUCGCGCCGCCUUCCGCUUCCAGAAGGAGUUAGAGCGGUGGCGCCUGCUCCGGUGCCCGCCGCCGCCCGUGCGCCGUUCAGAGAAGCCCAACUGGGAUUACCACGCGGAAAUACAAGCUUUUGGACAUCGGUUACAGGAAACGUUUUCCUUAGAUCUCCUCAAAACUGCGUUUGUUAAUAGCUGCUAUAUUCAAAGUGAGGAGGCCAAGCGCCAAAACCUUGGGAUAGACAAAGAAGCUGUUCUUCUGAAUCUUAAAGACAAUCAGGAACUCUCUGAACAAGGGACAUCUUUUUCAAAAACUUGCCUCACACAAUUUCUUGAGGAUGCAUUCCCAGACUUGCCCACUGAAGGCAUUCAGAGUCUCAUUGACUUUCUCACUGGUGAGGAAGUGGUGUGUCACGUGGCCAGAAACUUGGCCGUGGAGCAGUUAACUCUGAGUGCAGAAUUUCCAGUUCCCCCGCCUGUCUUACAGCGGACUUUCUUCGCAGUGAUUGGAGCCUUGCUGCAGAGCAGCGGCCCCGAGAGGGCUGCUCUUUUCAUCAGGGACUUCUUAAUUACCCAGAUGACUGGAAAAGAACUCUUUGAGAUUUGGAAGAUCAUAAAUCCCAUGGGGCUCCUGGUAGAAGAACUGAAGAAAAGGAAUAUUUCAGCUCCUGAAUCGAGACUCACCAGGCAGUCUGGAAGCACCACAGCUUUGCCUGUGUUUUUUGUUGGCCUCUACUGUGAGAGACAGCUGAUCGCCGAGGGGCCCGGGGAGACGGCGCUGGCGGCGGAGGACGAGGCGGCGCGCGUGGCGCUGCGCAGGCUCUUCGGGUUCACGGAGAACCGCCGGCCCUGGGACUACUCCGCGCCGCUGGGGACGCCGCGGGCUCGGGCGACCGGCGCGGCCAGCUCCCCCGGUGGCCGCGCCGCAGCCUGACACCGCGGGGCAAACGGGGAGACGGAUGUCGGAGCCGCUCGAAGCUGGACGCUUCUCACAUUGUAAAGAAAUAGGUCUGACUCCUGUCAUGGGUUCCCAAAGUUAAGCAAUAUUCAUCAGGUCAUGGAGGGUUUUUUUUUCAUUUUUGUUUUGUCAAAAGUCUUUUCUGAUGUUUUCCAGUAAGUUUUUUCUCAAGUCCUUGACUUUAUUAUUGUAUGUCACAUGGAUAGUUGGGCGUAUUUUAUUCCUGUCUGGCUUCAUCAUAAUUCGAAUGUGUGUUUUAUGUGAACUUGAAUGCCAAUAAAAAAAAAGUCAUUCUCUCUCUCAA